ACGAAAUAGCAAAUUGAAUUCGACAAUCACUUCCAGGACAAAGAUAAUGACACAGAACAAGGAAAAAGUUAGAAAACCCAAAUACAAUACCAUUAUGUUUCCAUAGGUUGGGGAUCUAUUAUUGUCUAUCGAAUUCCAGAGAUGGAGGAAGCCCUGCUACCCAAAAAUGGAUGUAGUAAAGCAGCCUCCUCCAUUGCAACCCACACAGGAGGAUGGAAAGCAUCCUUUUUUAUAAUUGGGGUUGAGGUGGCAGAGAGAAUGAGCUACUAUAGCAUAAGCUCAAGUUUAAUUACAUACCUCACCAAUGAUCUCCACCAAAGCACUGCGACAGCAGCCAAGAAUGUAAAUAUAUGGUCUGGAGUCACAGCAAUUCUUCCUUUCCUGGGAGCAUUCCUUGCAGAUGUUUAUUGGGGUAGAUAUCGGACAACUCUGCUUUCUUCCAUUAUUUAUCUGCUGGGACUAAUCUGCUUGACCACAUCUGUGUCAGUCCCAUAUCUGAAACCUCCCCCGUGUGACACAACAGAGAGAUUUUGUUCAAAGGCCACUCCUCUUCAGAUUGGGGUUUUCUUCAUCUCCCUAUAUUUGAUAGCAUUGGGUACAGGAGGGCACAAACCCUGUAUAGAAGCUUUUGGUGCAGACCAGUUUGAUGGAGAUGGAGAAGAGGACAAGCAUAGGAGUUCCUUUUUCAAUUGGUGGUACUUUGGUCAGUGUUUCGGUGCUCUGAUAGCACUGUCAAUAGUUCUGUACAUAGAAGAGAAUAUAGGAUGGGGAGUGGGAUUUGCAAUCCCAACUGUGGCUAUGGCACUAGCUCUCUUUGUUUUCCUCUGUGGCUCUGUGUUUUACCAGCACAAAUUACCCUCUGAUAAUCUACUUGUUUGUGUUCGGAGAACAGUAUCCGAAUGUUUUGUAAGACCGAGAAUGGACGUCCUUCAUUUAGAUCAUCUCAAGUUUCCUGACGGAGCAGUAGGUGAAGAUAAGCAGCCAGGGGAGAAAUCAACCAGUAGCUCUGUAGAAAUGCAAAUUGAAGAAUUCAAACUCAUUCAAAGGUUGAUUCCUAUUUGGGCAACAUGUUUAAUGUAUGGCAUUGUAUUUGCACAAUCAGCUACUUUCUUUACAAAACAGGGCAGUACAAUGGAUAGAAAAAUUGGUGGGCAUUUUCAAAUCCCUCCAGCAUCCUUGCAGUGUCUGAUAGCAAUUAGUAUUCUUGUGCUUGUGCCUGUGUAUGAUUGGAUGCUUGUUCCAGUUGCCAGAAAGUUUACAAACCACAAGCGUGGCAUAACAUUGCUGCAAAGAAUAGGAUUUGGCAUGUUCAUCGCUAUGGUUGCCAUGGUUGUUGCAGCUUUGACAGAAAUUAAAAGACUAAAGGAAGUGAAGGAUAAUGAUUUAGAAGACAUGCCUGAUGCGAUAGUUCCAAUGACCAUCUUCUGGCUGCUUCCUCAGUAUGUACUCUAUGGCAUAUCAGAAGUAUUCACAAUGGUGGGAAUGCAAGAGUAUUUCUAUGAUCAAAUGCCCCAGUCAAUGCGAAGCUUGGGCAUUGCUGUAUUUUUGAGUGUUCUUGGAAUUGGGAGCUUCCUCAGCAGCAUUAUUAUCUCCAUUGUUGAUGACUUGAGCAGCAGAAGCAGUGAAGGAAGCUGGUUCUCAGACAACUUGAAUAAAGCUCAUUUGGACUACUAUUAUUGGCUUCUGGCUGCUCUUUCUGCAAUCAACCUCUGCAUAUACAUAUUUUGUGCAAAGCGAUAUAACAAUGUGAAAGUAGAAAGCAAUGUUCUGGUUGAGGAAGAUAUGCAGACUUAGUGAGCUUCAUCACUUGCUCUAUGGAUGUUUAUGGACUCACAGAGCUGCACAAGCAACUGAUCAAAAUAUGAUUAUAGGUAAGAUAGCUGUACUUUUAGUCAGAUUGUACGAAACUAUUGAUUAUCUUCCAUUAUGCAUCUGUAUUCAUGCUUGUGCUUUGUAAAGAAGUCUGAAUUGGAAUCUAUUUCCUCGUUACCGGAUUCCAUCGUCAAGCCGAAACGAAGGGUGAUGAAAAUAUUCUUUAAGUACAAUAACUCAAAACUCUUCAUGGAA